UCCUGAUCCAGAACCGUGAAACUUUGCUGAAGCAAACCAACGUGUUUGCACGCUACUUCCCGGUCAUCCUAAAACUUGUCGUGUUUCAUCCACGCAUCGUGGCGCAAGAAGUCCUCUCGCUCUUGCCUGCGAUGGCAAAUCCAAGUUCCAUGGCUGCCUUGUUUCAUCAAAUUUUAGACCUCCCACUCACUGCAGCCUUUGUUGGAGACGAGUUUCUCUCAAAUCUUGACGCUUUUGCCCAUUUUUUCUCGUCCCCCGUAACUGCUACGACUCCCGUGGGUGCUGGGGACAACAACAACAACAACUUGUUAGCACCUGGAAGCUCAUCUUCUAGUACUGCGACUGGUAAUUCUGCUUCCAGUUUCAAUCGCAACACAGGAGGGGCAGGACGCAAUAGCAGCAGCAGGAUUAAUAUGUAAGGCUAGUUAAACG